AUGUCGAAGCGGGACAGACACAGGGGAGGUGGAGGAGCUCCACUUACCCCGGAGGAGCAGGAGGACCAGGAUAUCGAGGAUGCGGUGCAGAAGCGCCUGAAGACUGAAUUCAGCAAGCUCAAGGGGGCGGAGAAUAGGUGCAAGCGCGCUUUCACAGAGGCGGGUAUGAGAGUUUCAAGCCCCGGCUUGCUAAACCUCUAUUUUGAACAGAGUCAAAGUCUUCGAAAGUUUGAGCUUAAAGUUGAUUGUUCUGCGCAAGAAUUUAAGGCGUACAUUGAGAAAAGGAGAACACACAUUAGAAAGGUUACAUUCAGUAUGACCGAAAUGAUGGAAACACCAGACCCAAAUUCUCCAGCAGUAUCAGUGUUGCAAUUGCUUUGCUGUGAUUGGAGUGGGUAUUUCACCCUCUUUAGAGAAACCCCCGACUACUCACAGGAUCCUAAGAAGAGGUAUGAGAAAGGUGGUUUCCUGACAUUUGCUGGAAUGACAAAGAAGAUGCAGUUCCCAGAUAUUUUUGGACCCAUCACCGAGUUGCAGCAAUAUAAAGAAUCAUACACAGAUGUGACAAAGGUUGAAAUAUUCAAGGGCUUUCUUAAGAGAAUGACCUACGAAGUCAGAAAGCUCAAUGUUCUCAAUUGCCGAAGCUAUAAAAGUUACCUUGUUCCUUUGCUGAACCUGUUGAUGUUCAUCCUUGGGGAGUGCCCGCGCUUCCCUGAAAGUGAGGACUUUGUGGUUGAGAACUGUGAGUUGCCUCGUUCUCAUCUGAAAAUGGUGACCCCAAGGCUGAGUGAAUUGAUCCGUGAAUGGUCGAAAUUAUCAAAACUGGCGUUCAUGUUUUUUAUUGCUAUUAUCGAGUUCGACAUGGAGUUUAGGGAGAGUCGUGUUAGUUUUGACGAAGCUAGAAAGGAGAUGCACAGUCAAAUUGAUAUGAGGGGGGGUGAUCUAGUGCUGAAUUUUUGCGGAUCAGAUGGAAACUUCAACUUGAGAACCUUGUUGGGAGGUUAUCUUCGUCUGCUAAAAUGUGAAAAGGAGGACAUUAUUAGGAUCAUCAUGCGGACUAAGCAUCAAGUCACUAACAUUAUCCAUGAGCACAAACCAAAACUUGAAGAGCAAGACCUGACAAAGAUGACAGCAGCCAAGAGGAGUAUAGCAGAGCGCAGGAAAGCUGAAAACAAUGCUGAGUAUGCUCGCUGGGAGAGAAUCAGGGAUGAGGAUGGGCAGAAGGUUCUAGAUGUCCUAUUGAAUGAUUUGCCCAUCGUGUAGUUGCUGUAAAAUGCUUUAUAUGUUACCUAGCAAUUGCCAUGAAUGUUGUUGCCUGUCACUGAAGCUGGAGAGGAUGAGGAAGAGGCUGGGUCCGAGAAGUGUGAUGACCAGUGAUGUGAAGAUGACAGAAGUUGUUUUCUGGAGGUCAAAAUGUCCAGUUGAUGUUGUCUUGUGGCAAUGUGUUUUGGCCCUAGUCUUGAUUGAUGGGCGCUGAAGUUGUAUAUG